AUGUUCCCUCCAACAAGCACCUCAGUGUCUGUCAGUCCUAAUGUGAAUGUAACCAAGGGCGCUUCAGUGAAUCUGACCUGCAGCAGUGAUGCCAACCCACCAGUGGAGAGCUACACCUGGUUUAAGGUGAAUGAGUCCACUCCAGUAGGAUCAGGACAGCAGUACAGCAUCACUAACAUCAGCUCUGAGGAUGGAGGACAGUACUACUGUGUGGCCAGGAAUAAAUAUGGAGCUGAGACCUCAAUGGACCUGCUGUGUCCAUUAGAGUUACAGGUGGGAGCCCAUAGUCCUGUACUGUAUGUGGUAGCAGGAGUCUCAGUCUGUGGAGCUGCAGGUCUGAUCUGUGUGCUGGUCUGGAUCAGGCGCCAAAGGACGAAUGCUGGUGGAACCAGGAAGAAGGAUGGAGAUGAUGUUCAGUUUCCCAACGCUGACAUCCAGAGAACCAGCCGCAGCAGAGCUGCUGGUCCCCCCAGUGCUGAGUCUGCAGGAGCCCCAGAGGAGGACGUCCAGUAUGCCCGUGUCCUACCCAAGUGUUCCAGAGAGUCUGCAGGAGCCCCAGAGGAGGAUGUCCAGUACUCCAAUGUCCAGCCCAAACGCUCCAGACAGACGGCAGGAGGAGCAGCAGAGGAUGACGGUCUGUAUGCCUGUGUCCUGCCCAAGUGUUUCAGAGAGUCUGCAGGAGCCCAGGAGGACGACGUCCAGUACGCCAGUGUCCAGAUCAAAAAGGCCAGAGCAGCACAGGGUUCUCCCAACCAACCAGAGGGGGAGUGUCGUGGGAAAAUCGUCAUUGAUGUCUCCCUGCAGUUCUCCUAA